UCAAUAUUAUUCAUUCUUCGACACCCGAAGUUUGACGUUCGGGGAGAAAAGAGUCGCAGUUUAUCCCGUUAUUUUCUCCUUCUUGACGACCAGCUCCGGUCCAUUGUAUUGAAGAUGCCGAACAUAAAACUAUCAAGUUCAGAUGGUGAGAUCUUCGAGUUGGAUGUGGAAAUCGCUAAACAAUCCGUUACAAUCAAGACAAUGUUGGAAGAUCUUGGAGUGGAUGAAGACGACGAUGAACCCAUACCUCUCCCUAACGUCAACUCAGCAAUCUUGAGGAAGGUGAUUAAGUGGUGUACGUACCACAAGGAUGACCCACCACCACCAGAAGAUGAUGAGAACAGAGAGAAAAGAACGGACGAUCUCUGCGGAUAUGACUUAGAUUUCCUUAAGGUCGACCAAGGGACACUCUUUGAGCUGAUUCUGGCUGCAAAUUAUCUGGACAUCAAGGGUCUUCUGGAUGCUACAUGUAAGACGGUGGCCAACAUGAUCAAAGGCAAGACCCCUGAAGAGAUUAGGAAAACAUUCAAUAUUAAGAACGACUUCAGCCCAGCAGAGGAAGAACAGGUCCGAAAGGAAAACAGCUGGUGUGAAGAAAAGUAGACCCCCGUCAUUUAUUUAAUUCAAAGCUCCACCCACAAAAAGUCUCAAGUCGGAAGAAAACAUGUUUGCCAGCCUCACCCCCAACUUUCCAUUUUGCGCGACGUCACUUGAUGGAUCUUGAUGGAAGAUGAUAGUUUUAGCUGAUCCUAUGAAGUUAGUUGCCUCUAGUCUAGGCUUGUACUCGCCAAUUUGCUUUUUUGUCUGUUACUUUAAAUACAUGGUGAAGUCAAGGCUGUUGGAGAAAUAGACUGGUGCUGUGUUGUUGCAUUUAUUGUCUGCACUUUGAUUCUAAUGCUACACAGUGAACCAAACAAACAUGGCGGCCAGCUCCAUUUGAAAUGCUAGUCGUGUUCGAGAUCCACCAUUUGUAAAAACUUGUAAAAUGUUUUUGUUAUACAAAUUUUGUUCAUAAAAUUUCUGGCAAAGUUAUGAAAGGUUGAUGUUUGGUUAUUCAAGGCAUUUUUUUAACAAGGAUUUAGGACAGAAAAGUUCUGUGGUGUUCUGUCACUGAUGUUUAAAAUUCUUAAAAUUCUUACGGGUGUAUAAAGCCAAGUCAUGGAGGAUCUUCGGCCAGUAAAAAAAAUGUUUUCUGUAACCACACCCAACAUAGAAAACACACAGAACUUUUGCCUUUUUGUUUGAAAAAAAAAAUGAGAUCGGGAAAGUGUAAAUAAUAUUUAGUGAAGAUAGAGGCAACUGAGGUGCCAUUGUCAAAUUCAGUUUUGUGAUGCACUCAUUUUCAACUAGAUACAGUCUUAAUAUCAUGAAAAGGAAACAUGAAACAUUUUAAUUGAGGUUAGAGACUCACAAGGACUCUAUCUUUUGAAAAAUGAGUCCAUCAUCAAACUGAUUUGACCUUGGAGACCCUCUCUUUAUUGUUUACUCAACCAUAGAGGUUUCGACCGCCAUGACUCGACUCGGUAAGAAGUUGUAGUUAGACAAAAUGUUAGAUAUUUAGUUGGGUCCAAAAUUACAGCUCUUCU